GCAGGCCCAGUGGUGGCUUGGCUGCCUUCGAACAUACAAGUUGUUCUGACGCACCACAACAGCUGGCUCUCUAGUGUCAAGGUCAUCAUGUCAAAUCCCAGAAAGUUCCUAGUGGUGGCCAACUGGUCAGCAGCGGUGACCAGAUUGAAAAUUGAUCGCCUCACAAGAGCUCUCACAGCUCUUCCCCUCAACCCUAACACAGAGACAGUGGUUGGGUGUCCCUCGUGCUACUUGUCGUACGCCCGCCAGCAGCUCCCGCCCCAGAUUGCUGUAGCCGCUCAGAACUGCUAUAAGGUAGAGAGAGGCAACUUUAGCGGAGAGAUAUCUCCUGCCAUGAUCCAGGACUGUGGGUGUGAGUGGGUCAUCCUGGGUCACCCUGAGCGGAGGACAAUAUUUAAUGAACCAGAUCACCUCAUCAGCCAGAAGGUCGCCCACGCCCAACAGGCAGGCAUCAAGGUGGUGGCGUGUGUGUGCGAGACGAAGGAGGAUCGUGAGAGCCAGCGGACGGAGGAGGUGCUGUACGGACAGUUAGAGUCCCUGGCGGCCAGCAUCAGUGAUUGGUCCCGCGUAGUGAUCGCCUUCGAGGCUCUGUGGGCCAGUGGCACUGGCAUCUUGGCCACACCUGCACAGGUCCAGGAGGCACUCUCCAUGCUGCGGCACUGGCUACGUCACAACGUCUCCCACCACGUGGCCAACACAACUCGUAUCAUCUACGCUGGCUCAGUUUCCACCGACAAUUGUCAGGAACUGGCCAAGUUGAAGGACCUGGACGGAUUCCUGGUGGGAAGCGCCGCCCUCAAGCCUGACAUUGUUGACAUCAUUAAUUCCUCGAGAGUAUCGAGCUCGUCGCUGUGGGCGAGGCAACAGCAGCUCCAGGAGACUAACAUACUCAUCUCUCAUCUCAGGCACAAACAAAUUAAUCAUAAAUGGUCGCUUGUAGCGCGACAACCCAAGAGAUAUAUUUAAACAUCCCUUGCAGAUGUUUGUUAUCUAUGCAACUAUUGUUCUUUUCUAGAGUUACUUUUUAUAUGAAGACAAUUUUAUUUCGUAUGUGCAGCUUAUAAAAACAACACAACAAAAGUUU